CCUCUUCUGUCUCUAUCUGUUGCCUGGUGAUAGACGGGGUUGGAGAGUGUCUGAGCAUGCCGGCGGUGAGCUAUAUAAAUGCCGCUGCGUGUCGAUCGCUCAGUUAAGUUUGUGAAGCCAACUUGAAGCCUCGCGAUGAAACUGUUUAUUGCUCUAUCCGUGCUGGUGGCUGUGGCCUCGGCCCUUCCUCAAUUUGGCCACGGUGGUGGCAGCGCUAACGCCAACGCCAAUGCCAACGCACAAGCUCAGGGUGGUGGAUUCGGUGGCCGACCCGGCGGCGGAUUUGGCGGUGGACCCGGAGGCGGAUUCGGCGGUGGACAUGGUGGCGGAUUCGGUGGUAGACCCGGCGGUGGAUUCGGCGGUGGUCCCGGCGGCGGAUUCGGCGGUGGUCCCGGCGGCGGACAUGGUGGCGGAUUCGGUGGUAGACCCGGCGGCGGAUUCGGCGGUGGUCCCGGCGGCGGUUUCGGCGGUGGUGGUGGUGGCGGCUCAGCGAGUGCUAGCGCGUCAUCCAGCGCCACUGCCAGCGGUGGUGGUCGACGUGGUGGUGGUGGUGCUAACGCCAACGCUAACUCAAACGCGAAUGCCCAUUUUUCCGGCUAAGCCUGCCAAGAUGAAACUUAAGAUUGUGAAAUAACUGAAAAUAAAACGAAUGUGAAUAAAAAUAAAAGAUGCAAAUAUAA